AUGGAGGUUGCUGCCAUAGAGGAUGAAGAUGACGUGGAUUUGGGCGCUGAAGGCGACGCUGAGAAACCGAAAGGGUUGUCAGUAAAACAGAAGAAGAAAAGAUUGCGCUUUGAUCGUGCUAUUGCCAGGGACGCAGGCGCUGUACUCUACACUAUCGAAGCAGACACCGUCGUUCCCGUUCCCUGGCCCAUCACUUGGAACGAGGAUCCAGAGUUAUUGUGUUGCUACAAUUGGCAAGCUUCCACAGACGGUACAAACACGAUCUUUGUACCAGGUGAGCCAGCAAAGUGGCAGGCUCCUACGCUACCACACAAACUAGAUGGAGAUAGUGGCCUUCAGUACGCGGAUUACAACUAUGUGCGGCAACCCAACAACCCGUACUCGCCAAUGUUUCAUGCACUUGGUGCCAUGAAUCCAGAUUGUCAGUUCAUGGACGUCGAUGUCCUGGCCGACCGCAACAAUCUCCGCGUUCUUCUUGAAUUCGUGCAAGGCAAAGUCAACGGGCCUUUCCGCUUGGAUCUGUUCCUAGUCUACAACACACUGAUCAUCGUCCGCAAAGAAGCAGGAGGAUACUGGAAGCUCUCAGAUGGGAAAAGCUACGGAAGCAACUUUGAGAGAUUCUUCACUCGACCUGCAGAGGGUAUGGAGGAUGCAACAAGCCACUACCGCGCCAUCCGCUAUAAGAUGGGACCGCUCAACGUCGUCGUACGAUUCGAAGCAGACGCCUACGACGACGGCGCAUCUGAUGAACUCACACCCUCUGAAGCAGUUGCAGUCAGCGGCGGUCCGGCAGAGAAACCACAUCUAAUGUACCGAGCUCCGAUCCGCGUGUUGCAGAAAGGCCACAUCGUCCCAACAGCCCAAAUGGCCGAACUCAAGACGCAAGUGCGCAAACCCGAGGGCCAACCACAUGUUGCAUGCAUGGAUCAGCUUUGGUUCGGCCGGACAUCCAUCCUCUUCACCGGCCGGUACGAAGCAGGCACGGGCAAAGUCCUGCGCAUCAUACGCGAAGACGCGCAAGAACGGAUUAAAAAAUGGGAAGACAAUCAGCAGGAAGGUCUGCGUAAACUCGCCGGCCUACUUUCGCGACUUCGCGGCUUGUUGAAGCAACAGCAAGGCCCGCUUCGAUCCGCAGUGCUGGUACGCGAGGACAAGGGCGGCCCAGUCGUGCUGCGUUCGAUGGACAUGAAGAAACAUGCCGUCGACAGAGAGUUCUUCCAGAAACACUGGAGACGCGAGCCGCAGCCGUAUGCUCCGCAGUUCGGUGGGCCGCGUGGUCAUGGCCAGCAAAGAGGUGGUCGGGGCAUGUUCAACGCGCCUCGGGGUGCUCAGAACGCGCCUCGUGGUGGCUAUGGCAAUCCGCGUGGCGCUCACAAUGUUCCUCGUGGCGCUCACAAUGCUCCUCGUGGCGCAAGCAACACAUCUCGAGGCACGCAUCAAUCGUAUUCAGCCCGUGGUCGAGGUACUGGUAUGCCGAUGAGUCAACCUAAUACUGCGCAUGACAGACCACAAGCUUGA